CUCUCUGACUGUCUGACUGUCUGUCUGUGUGUCCAGGCGUUUGUCCAGCUGGGGACACCGGAGGACGCAGAGAUGCUGGUCAAGUAUUACAGUGUGAACCCGCUCACCAUCAAAGGGAGACCCAUCCGCCUCAACAUCUGCACCAAGUACAAGACCCUCAAUGUGAACCGGAGACAGGGCGGGUCCGGUGGAGGUUCUGGUGGAGACAAUCGAAGCCAGAGGAGCGGUGGAGCAAACGCCACCUCCUCCUUCACCUCCUCCUCCUCUACCUCUGGGACCAGGACUUCCUCCGGCUCUCUCAGGAACUCCUCGUCCAGCUCCAGAACCAGAGAGGAGAAGAAGAAGGAGGAGGAGAGUAAACUGAAACCUGAGGAGAAACCUGCAGCGGAGGAGGAGGAGGUGUCAGGAGUGAUGGAGGGAGAGGACGGAGAGGAGGAGGUGGGGGAGGAGCAGGUAACUGAUGGAGACGCAGCGGAGGAGGAGCCAGAGAGAACAGAGUCUGCAAAGGAAACGGUGGAGGAGUCGGAGGAGGUCCAACAGGAGGAGGUUCCUCAUGGUGAUGAUGUCACCGAUGACACUCCUCGAGACUUCAACGCCAAGCAGGGGGCGGAGUCAGAGGGAGUGACGCAACCGUCAGAGACCGAAGAACACGAGACCAAAGAGGACCCGAACGCAGAAGCAGGAGAGAGUUCAGAGACGGUGGAGGGAGACCUGCCUGCAGACACGUUUGAUCGGGACUUCCUGGAGAACAUGGAGGACUUUGUGACGCUGGACGAACUGGCAGAGGACGAGGACGAAGCAGACGGGGAGUCGGGCUCUUUGGACAACACGAGGAGAGGGGGUAUGAGGGUGGUCAACAUCGUCGGGUUCAGACGAGGUUACAACUUCCUCACCGAGCUGCUCGGACUCGCCAAACCUUUUGGGAAAGUGGUCAAACACCUGGUCCUGGACCUGAGACCUGAGGCGUACCUUCAGUUCGGGACAGAGGAAGAAGCUCGAGCGAUGGCCAAGUUUUACAACAGUAACGUGACGGCGUCGGUGUGCGGCCGUCCGGUGAGAGUCAGUCACUCCAUGAGCUACCCGACCAUCCAGUGCGGCUCCAGUAAGGUGGUGUACAUCGGUCAGAUCCCCAGCAGUAAAUACUCCGACGACGCCAUCCUGAAACUGGCCGAGCCGUUCGGGAGAGUCAGGAAGUACUUCCUCAACCGGCUGAAGAGAGAG